AUGACCGAAAAAAUCCUGCUAAAGCUACAGAAUGUCACCCCAUACAAGAUACCCCCGCCAGAAAUAGCUGAAGAAACUAGUAAUGAAACCGAUCGCAUAUUAAAACAGAGGUAUAAAGCACUAAGCUGGAGAGAUAGUCCAGAGAACAAAUUUCCCGCUGUUGAAUUGAUCAUAAAAGAAAUCGAGAGUGAAAAUGGAAGUAGUCUUUGCAUGGAAAUGAAAGGAAAGCUGAAUGGAAUUACGUGGUAUGAGCCAAUAAACAACAUCUUUGAUUGGAGAGAUCAUCAGUUUUAUACAAUCAACAAAGUGGGUCCAAAGUCUUUUGUUUCGGUGCUAGAUUACUAUGAUGUAAAAAGGGAUAGGCAUGUAAAUAUCGCACUUGGAUUGGUGAUGAACACGUUGAAGGAUGAGCUGAACUUGAAUGACGUGCUGGUUUCUUUUGACAAGAGAGUAGAGAAUCGUAUCAUGAGACAAAAGGUCAACUUGAAUGACCAAUAUGGAGAUUAUGGCAACAGUCAAUGA